AUGAUCAUCAAGCCUGAUGGGAUUCAAAAGUACGUGUGGCUGGCGUGCCUCAUGGGUCUGUUCAUCACUGGCAUCCUCUCUCUGGACUGUAACUCGCUGAAUGUUCGCCUGAGGAGAGUCACCUGGCAGAAUCUGCAACUUCUGAGCACAAUGAGCAAUUCAUUUCCUAUAGAGUGUCUACAAGAAAGAAAAGCUUUCGAGUUGCCCCAAGAGAUCCUCUCAUACACCCAGCCUCUGAAGAGGAACAUCAAGGAGGCCUUCUAUGAAAUGUCCAAACAGGCCUUCCACAUCUUCACUCAAGACACCUUCCAAUCCACUUGGGAAGAGAAACACCUGAGACAAGUCCAGAUCGGACUUGAUCACCAGCUGCAGUACCUGGAGCAAUGCUUGGAAGAAGAGGAGGAAAAUGAAGACACAAGAGAGAGGGAAGAGCUUCUCUCAGCCGGAGAGGAGACCCUCAGGAAACCCUCAGGAGCUCCGGUCCUCCAGCUGGGCAAUCUAGAUCUGAGGAGAUAUUUCAACAGGAUAGACAGGUUCCUCAAAGAUAAGAAACACAGUCACUGCGCCUGGGAGAUUGUCCGAAUGGAAAUCAGAAGAUGCUUCUACUUCUUUCAGAAACUCACAGCACUACUCAGGAGGAGAUAA